AUGGGGAGUGGAAGAAGCAUGGGGUGCUUGGAAGAAGAGAGGAAUGCACUGCUUGACAUUGACGCCGCCCUCUCCCCCCCCAAUGGGUCUUCUAUUCUCUCGUGGCGCAACAACGAUAGUGACUGUUGUCGCUGGAAAAGCGUGGAGUGCGAUAACACCACUUUGCGAGUGACUGGACUAUAUCUGGGCGGAUCACGCCGUUGGAAAUGGAGAGUGUCGUACUGGGAACAGUCCGAAAGUAAUUGGGAAGGGUCGAGCCAGAAAGAAUGGUCUACCCGGUCCGAAAGUUAUUGGGAAGGGUUGGGCCGGAAAAGAGAAGGGUCUCGUGGUUUGGUUAUUGAUGCCUCUUUAUUCCUUCCUCUGGAGGAACUUCAAGUGUUGGAUUUAAGUCAGCAUUCUCUCUUAGAUUUAAAUGAAACUCUACACCUGAAGCGAUUGAAGAGGCUAUAUCUAUCUUCUAAUUAUUUGGAACGAGUCCCCUCAUGGGACAAGCAAACUUCAGUGGAGGCCCAAAAUUUGUCUUCCAUCCAGCUUGAAGGUGUGAAUCUGGAGGUGCUGGAUCUUUCGAAUAACAAAUUAGCCAAUGAUUCCCUUGCGGACAUUACAAGGAUGACAUCUCUUAAGGCCUUAUACAUCAAUGGUUGUGGAUUGAAUGCUUCAAAGUUUUUGGAAGGCUUAUGCAGAUUGAGGAACCUUGAAGAGUUAGAUAUUAGUCGUAAUGGAUUUUGGGGUCCUCUUCCUUCAUGCUUGUGCAAUAUGACCUCGCUCCGUGUGCUUGAUGUUCACAAUAACAAUUUUAGUGAGGCCAUUCCAUCAUCUCUCUUCUAUAAUCUCAAGUCACUUGAAUAUAUUGAGCUCUCUGGAAAUGCUUUUGAAGGCUUACUUUUUCUUGCUUCCCUGGCUAAUAAUUCUAACCUUGAGGUAUUCCGCCUCAUCGACAACCAUAAACGACUGGAAGUAAAUACAGAGGAGCCCACUUGGUUUCCUUCAUUUCAACUGAAGAUGUUUGGUUUAUCAAACUGUGUGAUCAACAAAGACGCAAAUGGCCUAAUUCCCAGCUUUCUGAAAGAACAGCAUGACCUGAGAGGUGUUCAACUCAACCACAAUGGAAUGACAGGAAAUUUUCCAAAUUGGCUAUUGGACAACAAUGUAUUUCUAAAACAGUUCGAACUCACAGGCAAUAAUUUGUCAGGUCCAUUUCAUUUGCCUUCCAAUUUGAAUCUUCUCAGCAUGUGGUGGUUCGAUGUGUCUGCUAAUAUUAUUGAAGGAGAGCUUCCAUCUCGAAUUGGUUCUAUCCUCCCGGAUUUGAGAUAUUUGAACCUAUCAAACAACUUAUUGCAAGGUAGAAUCCCUCCCUCAAUUGGCAAUAUGAAAAAACUGGAUGCAUUGGAUUUGUCGAAUAAUGGCUUCACAGGAGAAAUACCAAAGACACUGGCUAAAGGUUGUGCAUUACUUUCUACAUUGAAACUGUCCAACAACAAUUUGCAAGGCCAAAUGCUACCAAGGUAUACUAACUUGACAAACUUGAGAUAUUUGCAUCUGGAUAAUAAUCUUUUCACAGGAGACAUAUCGCCUGAUAUAUUAAAUAGCUCCUCCUUGAUCAUUUUGGAUGCAAGUCAUAAUUUCCUAUCCGGAACACUUCCCAAUUGGAUUGGAGAUAUUAGUAGUCAUGCGCUUAUCUUGUCGAGUAAUUUAUUCGAAGGUCCUUUACCAUUGAGCUUUUGCAAGUUACUGUAUUUCGAUUAUUUGGACCUUUCAAGUAACAACCUUGGGCCAAAUAUACCCCCUUGUGUCAAUUUUACACUUACUUUGAGGUUCUUGCAUUUAACUAAUGACACGCUUGCUGGGCAGUUUCCUAAGUUUCUUUCUAGAGCUUCAAAUAUGGUCACAUUGGAUCUUAGACACAAUGCAUUGUCAGGUGAGAUCCCUAGCUGGAUCGGUUCGCUUCACAAGUUGAAGGUUCUUCUAUUGCAAGGAAACAAUUUUGAAGGUUCAAUCCCUUUGGAUCUAUGUCUAUUGAAAAACAUGAGCAUAUUAGAUCUCUCCAAUAAUAAUCUUUCUGGAAAUAUUCAUUCUUGUUUGAACGAUUUGACGUUCGGAAGCUUUGGGAAUCCUAUGUCCAGAUCUUCUUACAUGGUAAGCUGGGAAGAGGCAUGGGAAUCACACUACAAGGUCGAUUACCGUUUAUUGUAUCUUCGAAAAGAAGAUGACACAUAUACUUAUACGAAUGGAUUAGAAGAAGUGAACUUCAUGACAAAGAGAAGGUUGGAAUCUUAUAUGGGCAAUAUUCUAAAACUCAUGUCGGGAAUGGAUCUCUCGCAGAACAAUUUGACGGGGUAUAUUCCUCCAGAAGUCGGCUACUUGAGUGAACUUCUCUCAUUGAACCUGUCACACAAUCAUUUGACGGGACCGAUCCCGGAAAAAUUUUCCAAUUUGAAGAAUGUAGAGAGCUUGGACCUCUCCUACAACAACUUAACUGGUCCCAUCCCUCCACAACUAAUAGAGCUUUACGCGCUGUCAGAUUUUAGUGUGGCUCACAAUAACUUAUCAGGCAAGACACCAGAUCAAAAAAAUCAAUUUGGAACUUUUCGGGAAGCAAGUUAUGAAGGUAAUCCUCUUCUUUGUGGACCACCAUUAACAAGUUGUCAUGGCUCAAAUCAGAAACGGGAGACACUGCCAUCUUUUAAUUAUACCAGAGAGGACGAUUCCUGGAGAGAAGCCUUCUUGUGGAGUUUUGCAGGAUCAUAUGUAGUGGCGUUCUUUGGGGUGAUUCUUUUUCUCCAUCUAAACUCGCACUAUUGGUACGUGCUAUUCGGGCUCGUUCGUAAGUUUAUCCCAUCAUUUUCCCAGUAGAUAAUGUUCUUCUAAGCAUUUUGUGAUGAAAUAAUAC